GUGGGUAGACCAAGGUGACAAAGAACACUGAAAAGCACUUGGUGUGAGGUUUUGCAGAAAAAAAUAAAGAAAAAAUGGCAGUGAUGUAUCGAUUGUCUGCUCUGGAGAAUGAGGAACUGAUGGCUUUGUAUGGAGAGGAGAGAGAAAUCUACGGUCAGAGAGACGAGGACUGCAUCAGUGAGGAGAAUGACCAGGAUUCAGAGAGUAGUGAGGAUGGAAACGGCGGCAGAGGCGUCCGCAGCUCUCUGUCUCUGGAAAUCUACGGUCUGCAGAAGGAGGAGCAGGUUUACUUCUCCAACCAGGAGUACUACAGGAGGCUGGAGGAGCUGAAGAGCGCUCACCUGAGAAACAUGGCAGAGCUGGAGAGGAUGUACAUCAGUCAGGGACAGGACAGGCAUGAAGGAAGGGAGGAUGAGGAAGCUCUGGGAAGAUGGAGAAACAAAGAGGAAAAGCACAUGUUCCGGACUAAUAACGGCGCCCCAUUUGGCUGCGGGCCGGCCAGGAGACUGCAGAGGAUUAAUUCCCAGGAGGAGCUGGAUUUCCGUGACACAUCUAGCGGCUCUGACCAAUCAGAAACCAGCGGGGAGGAUUACUUAGGAGAACUGGGAUGGACUUCCAACUUACAGCAACCCUUUCAGAGGAACUUCAUGCAUAUUCCAGAACGCAUUAUGGCCAAAAAGAACCUGCGAUUUCAGCAGAAACCACAGGGAAGAGCGUCCUGUCAAACAGGUGGCAGAGCUCAGUCCAAAGUCACCGUCCCCAAACCCUUCCAGAUGAUGCUGAGAGAAGAGGAGAGGAAGAGGCACAGGGUGCGGACACGUUCAGAGGUGGAGCUGGAGAACACCCUGCUGAGAAGAGAGCUGGAGGAGCUCAGAGAAUGCCAGAAGAAGUUCAGGGCCUCUCCCGCUCCGGCUCACAUCCACCUGCCUCUCUAUGAGAUCAUCAGCCGUCGCCACAGAGGCAGGGGAAGCUGCAGCAAUGUCCGCGAACGGAGUCAGGAGCCUUUCCAGUUCUUGGAAAGAGAGAGGAGAAAGAGGGAGGCCAGGAUAGCAGAGGAGCUGGGAAACUUUAGUCGGAGAGAGGAGCGCCAAGGCUUCAAGGCCACACCGCUGCCCAGCUCGGUUUACGGGAACAGGCAGGCCCAUCGACAAAAACGCCACCACCAACUUCAAACCGUCUUCCUGAUGGAAAGAGAAGCCUCAGAGAGCCAGAGUGAUCCAAGCUCAGACUUCAGCAGCGCAAAGAGAUGCUCAUCGUCCAAGUCGGUGAAGAAGCAGAUAGAGCUGUCCAUCGAGAUGAAGGAGAGGAAGUAGUUAUCCACCGUCCUAGUCAAAGUUCAAAGCAGGAACAUCUGUGCACACCUGGAGCCAGCAGAAUACCAGCUUCCUACUCUUUUACUGUGUAAAAACACAGAUUGUUCCACAGUAGCUAUAUUACAGCCUCUGUUCAAACAGCUAACAUUCUUAGUAACUCCUAUAGUAUGAAUCUUUAAGAAACAGCUGCACUUGGUUGA